AUGCCCAACACGCAGCAAGCGCGGACACCUACAAAAAAUGCAUCUGGCGAUGCACCGGCACGCCAUUGGCUGGUGCUCAGCCGUCGCAACGUCUCCGACGACAACUCCUCGCCACCGUCGCGCAUCCAGGCAGUACAGCCCAAGUCACCGAGCAGCAGGGACAGCAGGAGCAAGAAGCAGCGUGGGCAGUCGACUAAGAAAGGCGCCGCAGACUCGACGGCGCCGUCCGCCUCCACUCUCGCUUCCAGCGCUGGCCGACACAAGGACGCAAAUGGAGAAGAGGGCAACUUCCUCAGUGCCGACACCGCCCCCCUCGCAUCCACCCCGGUGCGACGGUCCCAGAGCUCCGACGAGGAUGCGGUACCUGCAGAGUGUGCACCAGUAGUCGUGGAAGCGCUACAGGAGGCGGAGGCAUGCAUGCCAACUCGAAGGGUGCCUCGAGGGCAACUGUACUCAGCCGAGUCGUCUGUACUGCGGUGCAUGUCACGGCAGGAACACGCUGAGACCGGUGUGGGCACUGUGCAGGCGCACGAUAGGUUGCCCGUGCCAACACACGAGCGAGCCGUCUCCCUGUCAAGCUCCACUCUUCUCUCUUCAGCGGCCCUAUCAAGCGAGCACGUCGGCGGUGUGGCCCCAAACGUCGAUGCAAUGCAUCCUGCCACAGCGCCUUCUACAGCUGCUGCGAAGAACACCUUAGGUCAGCAGGUGGUCGCUGGCACUGCUGCGAAUGUAAACCAUAUCGACUCCGGUGGCAUUCUCGCAUGGCCUCCCGUGGCACCACACCAGCCACUGCCGAUGCGCUUCUUCCGCUUCUCGAGCCCUUGGUGGCAGGACGCGAGGGCACCUAACGAAACGGCGGCUGAAGACAGCAAGGUCAUGAUUCAGUCGCACGCGCGUGCCCGGGGACUUCACGAAGAGGUGAGCCCGUGCCCCACUCCACCUCGCACACCGUAUGCCACAAGUUUAUGCAUCACACCACUAGAAAAUAGAGACAAGGAGGAGUGCGCUGUCGCCGACGAAUGCAGCCGCCUCGACGUACCAACGACGGCGGGGGUGGCCGGUGAGCGAAGUCAGGUGAGCGCAUCACUCGACCACUCGCCACUACAUGCGGUGUCUGUUCUCCCUCGAAUAAACCCUGCCCUCUACGCGACAGAGGAGCUCUCCACUGCUACAGCGGCAGGGUUGUCUAAGAGCAGCCCCAACAGCUCAACCCCACCACCAAUCCCGCCGUGUCUGGAUAACCGUGAGGAGGCCGCUGUGGAGGCAAUUCAACUGCGCCACAUAGAUACGGCUAACCCACCUCGCUGGCGGAGAGGGGGCCCAGGCGAUGAUGGUGUGUUUGAUGUAGAGAAACACACGCCGGACGCGGUGCGAGGAGCACUACCUGGUCGGCCGCAGAGCGCUUUUCUGUCUUUGCUGAAGAGCGGCAACGCCACCGAUAGCUCCCUCUCCCCACUCGGCAAACCUGACUCUCGCAAGCGCGUGUCGCCGUCGAGUGGGCAGGGCCCCAAUAGCAGCUACGGCUGCUCCGAUGGCGGCAGCACACCGGAGGGCUGUCAAACCAGCCGCUUGACGCCUUACUGCGACACGGAAGAGGAGGAGGAUGCUCGUGGCAACCCUACCUCAGGGAGCAUGACAAGGCCGCUCGAGGAGGGUGCGCAGGAGGCAGAGCAACUGCACCGUCCUCUGCCCUUCGAGGACGUCGCAACCGCUGUGGGGCUUCCACGCUUGUCCUUGAGCAGCGCCGACUCUCCUGUCACUUCAGAUGCAGCUCUGCUGAAAUACAACAACGCUCUCGCGAUACGCUUGUCGCACGUGCAGGCGGACGAGCCAGUCUAUUCACAGGAGGACGGCUGGCAGUCAGCUCUGCAGUCCAGCCAUACCCUCCUGGAGGAGUACCAGCGCAGCGUCUUGAUUGCCUUCAUGACGGCCUGCAAAGCGGCGUGGCUGCCAUCGAUCGCGGUGCGUGGACUCGAGCCUGUAAACACUCAGGCUUACACCACACCGUCGAUAGCGGAACAGGCGCCAGCGAAGGGCACCACCGUGUCGGAGGUUCACCUUCUCUUCCAGCUCUUCUGCACCAGCCCGUCGGAGAGUGCCGCCGAUCGGCUUGUUGCGUCCUUCUUUGCCACGCAGCUGACGCGCUACAUGAACUGGGUUCUCCAUCUCCAGUUCGAGCAUCUCUACGUGCGCAUGGUGGCAUUGCAGGCCGUGUCCAUGAUAGAGAUGCACGAGCGCUGGCUCACCUGCAUGCGACGCGACUUGGUCAUCCGGGACGCGAUUGAGCUCUUCAUGCUGCUCGCACCUCCCCCGCAGACCCCGACGGCGCCUACAAGGCGCCGCAUCUUCUCGAAAUUCCGCAUGGCCAUACACACGCUCAGUGGUGGGGGUGAUGGCAACUCAGGGGCCUGCACAGCCUCGGCGAAGCGUAGCGGGAGUGUUAGCGCACGCGCGCAGCGCAAACCGUCCUCUUCGGUGGCUCCCCUCUCUGCCACUAUCUGCCAACUUACGGCAGACGAGGAGCGGCGACACCAUCUUCCGCCGCGUAUUGAACCGCUCUUCUCCUUGGAGCAAUGCAACGCGACUCACUCCACCGCUUAUCUCAGUGCAGUAGGGUCUCCCGAAAAACACGGCGCUGGUGACAGCUAUGCAGCGGACCUGAGUGCUGUGCACAAGACUGUAGAUGCCACGAACGUGCCACGCGAUAGGCUCGAGCGCCAUCUUGGAACGCCAUGUCUGCUGAACAAUACUUACUCGAACUACUGCCGAUUGGUGGCGGAGAACAGCUACAGCGGUGCCGUCACCUCGUCAUCGUCUGGCUUGUGGCUGCCCAAGCUGAUACGGAGCACCUCGUGUACCGUGCCAGUGACCUACAAAGCAACUGAGGAGACUGGCAUGGGGUUGGAUAAGACGGACCCCGCCGAAAUGGAGCGAGGGGACAAGGGUGGAUUACAUCGCCACAAAGCCUGCAGUCGCCCCCCCUCCUCAGGGUUGCAGCAGCAUCGCGAACAGUACAAGAAGAAGAGCAUGGACACGGUGCUGCCCGGUGGUGGGCUGCGCGCAAAGACGCAGGUUCUGCCGAAGAGGCGCAAUCGCACGCCGCCGCCACCGCCGACGGACACCGACUUCGUGAACCUGUACGACGCAGAAGUGCUGGAGCGCUUCCUGAAGUAG